UGGGCCGGGGAGGAAGGUGGUAGGCUGUCCGCCACCUCGAUCGCUGCCGCCUCGGCUUGUGCUGCUGCAGCUGCGGGCACCGGGCCGCUCGGCUUGUCCAGCAUGAGACCGUGAGGCAAGCGAGGGGUCUUGGACCGCCGACAUGUUUGGCCGCUCGCGGAGCUGGGUGGGCGGGGGCCACGGCAAGUCCUCCCGCAACAUCCACUCCUUGGACCACCUCAAGUAUCUGUACCACGUUUUAACCAAAAACACCACAGUCACAGAACAGAACCGGAACCUGCUGGUGGAGACCAUCCGUUCCAUCACCGAGAUCCUGAUUUGGGGAGAUCAGAAUGACAGCUCAGUGUUUGACUUCUUCCUGGAGAAGAACAUGUUUGUUUUCUUCUUGAACAUCCUGCGGCAGAAGUCAGGCCGCUAUGUGUGUGUCCAGCUGCUGCAGACCUUGAACAUCCUGUUUGAGAACAUCAGCCACGAGACAUCACUGUAUUAUCUGCUGUCUAAUAACUAUGUAAAUUCGAUCAUUGUCCAUAAAUUUGACUUUUCUGACGAGGAGAUCAUGGCAUAUUACAUCUCGUUCCUGAAAACACUUUCGUUAAAGCUCAAUAACCACACUGUCCAUUUCUUUUACAAUGAGCACACCAAUGAUUUUGCCCUGUACACGGAAGCCAUCAAGUUCUUCAAUCACCCAGAAAGCAUGGUUCGGAUUGCUGUGAGAACCAUCACCUUGAAUGUCUAUAAAGUGUCAUUGGAUAACCAGGCCAUGCUGCACUAUAUCAGAGACAAAACCGCUGUCCCUUAUUUCUCCAAUUUGGUCUGGUUCAUUGGGAGCCACGUGAUCGAGCUGGACAACUGUGUGCAGACCGACGAGGAGCACCGGAACCGGGGGAAGCUGAGUGACCUGGUGGCUGAGCACCUGGAUCACCUGCACUAUCUCAAUGACAUCCUGAUCAUCAACUGUGAGUUCCUCAACGAUGUGCUCACUGACCACCUGCUCAACAGGCUCUUCCUGCCGCUCUAUGUGUACUCACUGGAGAACCCAGACAAGGGAGGAGAACGACCGAAAAUCAGCCUGCCGGUGUCCCUCUAUCUUCUAUCCCAGGUCUUUCUCAUCAUCCAUCAUGCUGCACUGGUGAAUUCGCUGGCUGAAGUCAUCCUGAAUGGCGAUCUUUCUGAGACGUAUACAAAGCCUGCACAGGGUGUUCAGAGGAAUUCCGCCAAGCCCAGCAUUCGGUGCUUCAUUAAGCCCACUGAGUCACUCGAACGGUCCCUUGAGAUGAACAAGCACAAGGGCAAGAGGCGGGCGCAAAAGAGACCCAACUACAAAAAUGUUGGGGAGGACGACGACGAGGAGAAAGGGCCUGCAGAGGACGCCCCGGAAGACGCCGAGAAGGCUAAAGGUACAGAGGGUGGUUCGAAAGGCGUGAAGACGAGUGGGGAGCGUGAAGAGAUCGAGAUGGUGAUCAUGGAGCGGAGCGCGCUCUCGGAGCUGCCUGCCGGCACCUCGGUGCGGGAGCAGAACACCACGGACGAGGAGAAGAGCGCGGCCGCCACGUGCUCUGCGAGCGUGCCGUGGGACAGACCCUUCCUGGAUAUGGUGUACCACGCCCUGGACAGCCCUGACGAUGAUUACCAUGCCCUCUUCGUGCUCUGCCUCCUGUAUGCCAUGUCUCACAACAAAGGCAUGGAUCCCGAAAAACUAGCACGCAUCCAGCUGCCUGCGCCAGGUGCCGCUGAGAAGACCACCUACAACCACCUGCUGGCGGAGAGACUCAUCAGGAUCAUGAGCAACGCCGCCCAGCCAGAUGGGCGAAUCCGGCUGGCUACACUGGAGCUGAGCUGCCUGCUCCUGAAGCAGCAAGUGCAGACCAGCGCGGGCUGUGUCGUCAAGGACGUGCACCUGGCCUGCCUGGAGGGUGCGAGAGAAGAGAGCGUCCACCUCGUGCGGCAUUUCUACAAGGGAGAAGAGAUCUUUUUGGACAUGUUUGAAGAUGAGUACAGGAGCAUGACAAUGAAGCCCAUGAAUGUGGAAUACCUCAUGAUGGAUGCCUCCAUCCUCCUGCCCCCAACGGGCACACCACUGACAGGCAUUGACUUCGUGAAGCGGCUGCCGUGUGGCGACGUGGAAAAGACCCGGCGGGCCAUCCGCGUCUUCUUCAUGCUGCGUUCUCUGUCGCUGCACCUGCGGGGGGAACCCGAGACCCAGCUGCCCCUGACGCGGGAGGAGGACCUGAUCAAAACCGAUGACGUCCUGGACCUGAAUAACAGCGACUUGAUUGCUUGCACGGUGAUCACCAAGGACGGCGGCAUGGUCCAGCGGUUCCUGGCUGUGGACAUUUACCAGAUGAGCCUGGUGGAACCUGACGUGUCCCGCCUUGGCUGGGGAGUGGUCAAGUUCGCAGGCCUUCUGCAGGACAUGCAGGUGACGGGUGUGGAGGAUGACAGCCGCGCCCUGAACAUCACCAUCCACAAGCCAGCCUCCAGCCCGCACUCCAAGCCCUUCCCCAUCCUGCAGGCCACCUUCGUCUUCUCUGACCACAUCCGAUGCAUCAUCGCCAAGCAGCGCCUGGCCAAAGGCCGCAUCCAGGCGAGGCGCAUGAAGGUGCAGAGGAUAGCAGCCCUGCUGGACCUCCCAAUCCAGCCAACCACGGAAGUCCUGGGAUUUGGACUCGGCUCUGCUUCCACCCAGCACCUGCCUUUCCGGUUCUAUGACCAGGGCCGCCGGGGCAGCAGCGACCCCACGGUACAGCGCUCUGUGUUUGCAUCGGUGGACAAGGUGCCAGGCUUUGCUGUGGCCCAGUGCAUAAACCAGCACAGCUCACCGUCCCUGUCGCCACCGUCACCGCCAUCUACCAGCACGAGCACCGGCCGCUGCGACUCCGGGGCCUCAUCCUCCACGCCCUCAGCAGCCCAGAGCCCAGCAGAUGCCCCUACCAGUCUUGAACAGCCUCAGCCUCACCUUGCUGACCAGUUGGUGAUCGUGAACGAAACAGAAGCCAACCCCAAACCCAGCAAGAACUUGACCAGGGCCACGGAGGUGGACACCGCACACCUGUCCCCCAGCCUCCUCCCAGCCCAGCAGCCCGCCAUCUCCCUGCUCUAUGAGGACAGUGCUGACACGCUGAGCGUUGAGUCGCUGACCCUUGUCCCUCCAGUUGAUCCCCACAGCCUCCGCACCCUCACUGGCAUCCCCCAGGCUCCCGCACCAGCAGCAGAGUGCCCAGAGACUCGAGAUGACGAGGACGCAUGUGCAGAGCCUCCAGGCCUCCCAGAGCACUGAGCCGACACGGGGCCUCCCCUUAAAUGUGUGGCCCGCUGGCAGGGACCUCAGUACAGUUGACAGCAAGGCCAGCCACCUAUCCUGCACCCCUGGCAUGGAAGGACAACCACUCUCCAUUUGAUCUCUUUGAGAGCAGGCUGGCAGCCCUAGCGACAGCCUGCUGCAUGCAGGUGACAGUGAUGGAGGAAGCCAGGCCCUUGUCUCUGAGCCCGACAGCCUCAGCCCUGGCAUCCUUCUUUUAGAUGGCAUCUGUCUCCACUCCCAGCGUGCAUAGAAGAAGCCGACGAGGUCACUUUGGGUAGAAAUCUGUAGAAAAGCAAACCUAGAUAAACAUCUCUUUGGGGCUAUUUAUUUUCUGGUUUUGGCAGCACAUGAAAAGAUUUAUUUAAAGAGCAUCUAUGGGUGGGGGGAGUUCCAAAACAGUUCUCAACCGUAAGGUUUGAUGUCGUGUUAAAAGCAUAUGAACCUGUCAGAACUUUAUUUCCCUUUCUUUUGAACUUCUUGGUGUUCUGUUUUCAGAGUUCCGGGUGACACUUUCUCUGUUUUCCUAAAUGAUGCUUAUUUCUCGGU